AUGGACGAGAGCAAGGACCCUAUGAAAUCCACAUGGCGCCUCCGUGACAGGCGUCUAUGGAAACACCACCACUGGGUCAUUGAACGAUUAGGCUUACAACAUGUCGACCUAAACCAAAAAGUGCCGAUACAUGAGAAGGGAGAUCCAGUUCCCUACGUACCCCAUUGGCAAUUUCAUCGGUGGAUAAUGGUUCACGCCUGCAUACCGCUCGUUAUGCAUCAAACUUUCGUGUCUUGCACAGGAUUCAACCUUCACCCAGUGGUUGCAUUUAUCUUCUACGCUGCAGCCAUUAAACUUAUCGCAAUCCAUCAAAUCAAUAUGCUCCGUGAUCUAGGCCAUAUUCACGGCUUUCUCGACGGCGACAAACACGAACGCGAUGGCGUACCUGACAGAAGUGUCAAGAAAGUCCUUCGGUCCCUUGUUUCGACUUCAACAUUUCGUUCGAUGAUGGCCGUUAUUUUAGCAUACAAAAGUCAAGAUGCUCCGCUAACAAUCGGUUGGAAACCUUUGGUUCUUGAAAUUGGCCUCUACGGAGUUGUGUUGGACUUUUGGUUUUAUUGGUACCACAGACUCAUGCAUGAGAUCGACUCCUUGUGGCGGUACCACCGUACACAUCACUUAACGAAACACCCGAAUCCGCUUCUCACGUUAUUCGCUGAUUCCGAACAAGAGUUCUGGGAUAUAGCCGGCAUACCACUCUUGACAUAUAUUACGCUAAAAGCUAUGGGAUUGCCCAUGGGGUUCUACGAGUGGUGGCUCUGCCAACAAUACGUCAUUUUCACGGAGUUGUGUGGCCAUAGUGGUCUUCGCAUCUACGCCACUACGCCAAACCCAUUUGCUUGGCCUCUCAGACUACUCAAAUCCGAUCUCGUGCUAGAGGACCAUGACCUCCAUCACCGAAGAGGAUGGAAAAAGAGUGGCAACUACGGCAAACACACUAGAUUGUGGGACCGUGUUUUCGGAACUUGUUUGGAUCGAAUCGAAUGCCCAGAUAACAGCAUUGACUAUGUAAACACUGUGGUUCUUCCGUUGAUUUGA